UGCAACCUAAGACUUUCCACAUUUUUCUAAAUGUAAUAACAAUAUGUCACUAAAACAAAUCCCAGAUUGCUCUCAUUAGAAGGGGCGUGUCUUAAUUUCAAUUGUUCUCGACAGCGUUAAUACUGAGCGCCAGAUUCCAACUUGCCCAUAACACCUAGCUCUCUGCACAGCGCACAUCAAGCAAUAUGAUCUUUGUCGACUUUAGCAGAGGUUCGGUCUUAGCCGACUUGGUUCUCCAUACCGGCUUACAAGCUCUCGCACUGUUCUUCGUCAGUCUAUUGGCUCUUUUCGUCUUCGCUGCGAAGAUUAAGAUCCGGACGCCGCGGUUUUUGGUGUCUCGACUUCCUCCCGGGCCAUGGGGCUUUCCAGUGAUCGGCGCAGCAUUCCGUCUAGGUCCGAAGUCGCACCUGGAUUUCUUGGAAAUGUCCAGGAACUAUGGCCAGGUAUUCAGCAUGUAUCUAGGGAGCCGCCUGGUGGUGGUCCUUAAUGGUAUGGCUUUGCAGGAGGCCCUCACUGGCAAGCUCUCAAGGGUGUUCGCCGGUAGACCCAAGCUCUACACUAUGGAGCGAUGCCGGAAUGGCGGGGAUGGACUUAUCAAUGCACCCUACUGCAGGAAAUGGAAGUUGAUGCGUAAAACAGCCAUUACCGCAAUCCACAAAUACAUCGCUACACAGGAUGUACUCGAGUCCAUUCUCGGCAAGGUAGCCCAUGGUCUCGUCCAGCGGCUAGACGCAUGCGCAGAAACACCCCAUAACGUAAUGCCUGAACUCAAAUUCGCCACUGCAUCCGUCAUCUUAGGAAUUCUCUUCGGAGAAAAUCACGACGCCUCACACGUCGAGAGUAUUCUCGGAACUUCGGACGAUUUUCGGAAGUGCGUCGGUUGCGGUCUUGCUGUCGAUUUUAUGCCGUGGAUGGAGAAUUUUCCGAUUCCCAAAGUCAACCGUAUGGUCAAACUUACCUCUGACAUGAACGCUGUCCUCAAGAACUUGUACGAAGAAAAUAAGACGUCUUAUUCGGGGAGGAUUCGUAACCUCGCUGAUGCUGUGAUAAAAGUUUCCGAAGAGCAUAGCCAGAUCGAUGAUGACUCGGAUCCCAAAGGAGAGAUGACUGAUCUUGACGUAGUUCAGACGAUUGUGGACUUGGUUGGCGCUGGCUUUGACACGAGUUCUCUCACCCUCUACUGGGCCAUCGCAUAUUUCGUCAAAUACCCACAGGUACAGCGUCGUAUUCACCAUGAGAUCGACACGGUGAUUGGUCGAGAUCGGAUACCCACUCUUGACGACGUCAAGCACCUUCCCUACACGCAUGCGUGUCUCUACGAGCUCCUCAGGGUCACGUGCCUCGCGCCCACCGCUGUCCCCCACUCUACCCUGGAGGAAGUGGAAUUUCGUGGAUACACCAUACCUAAAGACACUGUCAUCUUCGCUAAUAUCUGGUCAUUGCUGAGGAACGAAGAAUACUGGCAAAACCCUGACGUGUUCGACCCCAUGCGCUUUCUAGACGAGGAAGGCCGUCUACUAAACCCGAAUUCGUGGCCAACAUUUCUGCCAUUUGGAGCAGGAAUACGAAAGUGCACUGGCCGAGAAUUAGCCAUCGCCGAGCUCAUGUUCUUUAUCACAGCCAUCAUGCAAAAAUUCCGCUUCUCUGAAGAAGGUCUUACCGCUGACCACCCACCAAUUGAUUUGACAGGGGAGGCUGGCCUUACGCUCAAGCCUGCGGACUAUCACGUGAUAAUCACGCGGCGCUAGCCAGUAAAACACCAGUGAAGAUAGAGCUCAAGCCUAUAUCAUGUGAUGACCACGCGGCGCUAGUGAGUAAAACCCCAGUGAAGAUAGAGCUCCAACCUAUAUCACGUGAUGACCACGAGCCGCUUGUCAGUAAAACACCGAUGAACAUAGAGCUCAAGCCUAUAUCACGUGAUGACCACGAGGCGCUAGCCAGUAGAACACCAGUGACCAGACCAUCAUAGCCAAAGUAAACGAAUGGAAAAUUAUCAUAUAUUGUGUACACUUCAUAUAUCACGUGAUCACCAGGAGAAGCUAGUUAGUGACUGGCCUGGGAAAUGCUGACGACUGCGUAUAACAGCUAAAGACAAUACGCUUGUUGGUGCUACUUAGAUGAACUGACCAUUGUUCAGGUGCAUCGACGGCACAUAUGCUCUGGAGUGCAAUAGAAUAGUCAUAGGGUAUAGGUGAGGUUAAUUUAAGAUAAAGCUAUUUGAUUGAACAAAACCCAGUGAUGGUACUUUCGAUUGUCACUUUAGCUUAACUAUACCCUUGAUGCAUUUUUAACGUACAGAUUUUUAGGAGAAUUAGGUGAAUUGUGGCAAUUUACACGAUUUCUGCAAUUCAUUACCGCCUUGUAAAUUAUGUUUGAACUUAUUAGCCUGUAGUCUGGGAGAGGGUUUUGAAAGAACACCCAAUUCAACUGAAAGGUCCGCUCUAAUGAAGGAAAAUCGAUUGCAACCUAAGCAAACCUAACCUAAGCAACCUAAUAGAAGUAGGGCAAACGAACUUUUCUGCUCAAAGUCCUGGCUAUUGGCCUGAUUUCAAA